AUGGCACCAGCUAUGUCUCGCCCAGACCUCCUUCUCCUCGAGGCGGACUUCUUACAAGCUCAAUCCGAAAUCGUCCAGCGUCUCAGCAGCGACAUUCACUUUGCCGCCAAGAUCCUCGACUUCAAGGUCUACGACAUCGAGAGUCGAAUUGCCGGUCUGAGAAAGGCGGCGUGGGAGAAGAGGUCGAAGCACAGUUGUGAGGGAGAUGCGCUUGUCGAUGGCCAGAAGAAUCAAGUCGGAUAUAGACACAAGGGCAUCUUGGAGAACGCGACCACGUUGAUCGAGACUGCGCAGCAAGUCAAGACCGAGUUGAAGGCCUUGACGGAGGUGGUUUGCGGGAUCCAAGAGGUGGUUCAAGCCGGCACCGCGAGCCAGGAAUGGACGGAGGAAGGAAAUGCUGGCAUCGAGGCGGCGAACGUCAAGGGCCCGAACGUGCAUCUGCCUCCCCUCGAAGCGACGCUGACGGAGGAACUGCACGGCGCCAGACAGGUCUUUGUGGAAUCGAGCACAUUCAUCCCAGUCAAUUUUCGCGCCGUGGCAUCCAAAUUCUCAAGCACGGAAACUGCCGAGUCCCUCAAGAUCUAUCGACCGAAACAUGUCAAAGGGGCACCGUUUGCGGGCGAGGACACGAUGGUAGCCGGAGGGUUCGUCUCCGCUGCAAAUCAUGCCCAUCGCCGCCCUCAUGAUCGCGCCGAACCACGAGGACGCAGGGCCAUGCGCUUCUCUCACGUGGAAUUGCCGGGAAGAUCUGACCGCGACCACCGUUCCAGAUCCCCAGCGGGGUGUCGCAAGGCAGGAAAGCAAGAGGAAGGGGGAGAUUUGCUUGGUUGGAUUCCGAAGAAGGUUGGGAUCGCCCGUCUACCUAUGGACGACGGGUUGCGAGCAUUGAUGAUGCAAGAUAUGAAGAAAGGGCGGCGUGAUCGGGCUUGCUAGCAAACGACAGACAGACUAUGCCACCACGGAGACAGGACAACCAGCAGCCUUCUUGAGGGUGGGAAUGGUCAUGCAUGCAUGGUCCGACUCAAAGGGGAAAGAUUUUGAUCGAGUUUAUCUAUCCGUUGCAUUUGGAAAAGGGGGUUGCCAACCAGAC